AUGUUUUUAUUUUAUGCACCUACUUCAAGUUCAUCAAGUGUGUCAACUUCCUCAAGUGUGUCGACAUCAAGUUCUGCAUCAACUUCGUCAAGUGUCUCAACAUCGUCCAGUGUGUCUACAUCAAGUUCUGCAUCAACAUCAUCAAGUGCUUCAACCUCUUCUUCUGUAUCGACAUCAUCAAGUGUUUCGACUUCGUCCUCAAUAUCAACUUCAUCAAGUGUAUCAACAUCGUCGUCAGUGUCGACAUCAUCAAGUGCUUCAACAUCGUCGAGCGCUUCAACAUCGUCGUCAGUGUCUACUUCAUCGAGCGUUUCAACAUCGUCGUCAAUUUCGACCUCAUCGAGCAUUUCAACAUCAACUUCUUCGUCAGUAUCGACAUCAUCAAGUGCUUCAACUUCGUCGUCAAUAUCAACUUCAUCAAGUGCAUCAUCUUCUGUCUCGACGCCAACUACAACAAGUGUGUCUACUUCAAGUUCAUCGAGUGUAUCAACUUCCUCAAGUGUGUCCACAUCCAGUUCUGCGUCAACAUCGUCAAGUGUCUCAACGUCGUCAAGUGCUUCAACCUCAAGUUACGCGACAACAUCAUCAUCGGCGUCUACGUCAUCGAGUGUGUCAACACCAACAACAACGAGUUUCCCUACAACAAGUUAUACAACAACAUCAUCAAGCGUUUCAACGUCAUCGUCAGCAUCGACGUCAUCAAGUAUUUCAACAUCGUCGUCAGUAUCAACGUCAUCUAGUGUCUCCACAUCUUCGUCGAUUUCGACCUCAUCGAGCAUUUCCACAUCGUCGUCGGCAUCAACAUCAUCGAGUGCUUCAACCUCGUCGUCAGUGUCAACAUCAUCAUCAGUUUCCACAUCCUCCAGCGCUUCAACGUCGUCCUCAGUUUCGACUUCAUCAAGUGUAUCAACAUCGUCAUCAGUGUCAACAUCAUCAAGUGCUUCCACAUCAUCAUCAGUGUCGACUUCAUCAAGUGUGUCAACCUCAUCGUCAAUUUCGACUUCCUCAAGCAUUUCGACAUCAUCAUCGGGAUCAAGCGCCUCAACAUCAUCGUCAGUGUCGACAUCAUCUUCUGUUUCGACACCAACUACGACGAGUGCGUCUACUUCAAGUUCGUCAAGUGUGUCAACUUCAUCAAGUGUGUCAACAUCAAGUUCAGCUUCCACCUCGUCAAGUGUCUCAACUUCGUCAAGCGCUUCAACUUCAAGUUCAGUGUCAACAUCUUCCUCGGCGUCGACGUCAUCGACUGUUUCAACACCAACGACGACCAGUGUUUCUACAUCCAGUUCCGCGUCCACAUCAUCAUCAAUCUCUACAUCUUCAUCAGCGUCCACAUCGUCAAGUGCAUCAACGUCGUCGUCAGCGUCGACGUCAUCAAGUGCAUCAACCUCGUCCUCUUUGUCGACAUCAUCGAGUGUCUCAACAUCGUCGUCAAUUUCGACUUCAUCGAGCAUUUCAACAUCGUCUUCGGCAUCCACAUCAUCAAGCGCCUCAACAUCAUCAUCAGUGUCGACAUCAUCUUCGGUCUCAACACCAACUACAACGAGUGUUUCCACUUCAAGUUCAUCAAGUGUGUCAACUUCCUCAAGUGUGUCCACAUCAAGUUCUGCGUCAACUUCGUCAAGUGUCUCAACAUCGUCUAGUUCUGCGUCAACAUCAUCAUCAUCGGCGUCAACGUCAUCGAGUGUUUCGACUCCAACAACAACCAGUGUGUCUACAUCAAGUUCUGCAUCAACAUCAUCAAGUGCUUCAACCUCUUCUUCUGUAUCGACAUCAUCAAGUGUUUCGACUUCGUCCUCAAUAUCAACUUCAUCAAGUGUAUCAACAUCGUCGUCAGUGUCGACAUCAUCAAGUGCUUCAACAUCGUCGAGCGCUUCAACAUCGUCGUCAGUGUCUACUUCAUCGAGCGUUUCAACAUCGUCGUCAAUUUCGACCUCAUCGAGCAUUUCAACAUCAACUUCUUCGUCAGUAUCGACAUCAUCAAGUGCUUCAACUUCGUCGUCAAUAUCAACUUCAUCAAGUGCAUCAUCUUCUGUCUCGACGCCAACUACAACAAGUGUGUCUACUUCAAGUUCAUCGAGUGUAUCAACUUCCUCAAGUGUGUCCACAUCCAGUUCUGCGUCAACAUCGUCAAGUGUCUCAACGUCGUCAAGUGCUUCAACCUCAAGUUACGCGACAACAUCAUCAUCGGCGUCUACGUCAUCGAGUGUGUCAACACCAACAACAACGAGUGUUUCCACUUCAAGUUCAUCAAGUGUGUCAACUUCCUCAAGUGUGUCCACAUCAAGUUCUGCGUCAACUUCGUCAAGUGUCUCAACAUCGUCUAGCGCUUCCACUUCAAGCUCUGCGUCAACAUCAUCAUCGGCGUCAACGUCAUCGAGUGUUUCGACUCCAACAACAACCAGUGUGUCUACAUCAAGUUCUGCAUCAACAUCAUCAAGUGCUUCGACCUCGUCGUCAGUGUCGACAUCAUCAAGUGCUUCGACGUCAUCGUCAAUAUCAACUUCAUCAAGUGUAUCAACAUCGUCGUCAGUGUCGACAUCAUCAAGUGCUUCAACAUCGUCGUCAUUGUCAACAUCGUCGAGCGCUUCAACAUCAUCGUCAGUGUCUACUUCAUCGAGUGUGUCAACAUCGUCGUCAAUUUCGACCUCAUCGAGCAUUUCAACAUCGUCGUCUGCAUCAACUUCAUCCAGUGCUUCAACAUCAUCAUCAGUGUCUACAUCAUCAAGUGCCUCCACAUCAUCGUCAGUGUCGACAUCAUCUUCUGCUUCGACACCAACUACGACGAGUGUGUCUACUUCAAGUUCGUCAAGUGUGUCAACUUCAUCAAGUGUGUCGACAUCAAGUUCAGCUUCCACCUCGUCAAGUGUCUCAACUUCGUCAAGUGCUUCAACUUCAAGUUCGGUGUCAACAUCUUCCUCGGUGUCGACGUCAUCGAGUGUUUCAACACCAACGACGACCAGUGUUUCUACAUCAAGUUCUGCGUCCACAUCAUCAUCAUCAAUUUCAACAUCAUCAUCAGCGUCCACAUCGUCAAGUGCCUCAACGUCGUCGUCAGCGUCGACGUCAUCAAGUGCUUCAACAUCAUCGUCAGUGUCGACAUCAUCGAGUGUCUCAACAUCGUCGUCAGUCUCGACUUCAUCGAGUGUCUCAACGUCGUCGUCUGCAUCAACUUCAUCGUCUGCAUCAACUUCAUCAAGCGCCUCAACAUCAUCAUCAUCAGUGUCGACAUCAUCUUCGGUCUCAACACCAACUACAACGAGUGUGUCAACUUCAACUUCAUCAAGUGUGUCAACUUCCUCAAGUGUGUCCACAUCAAGUUCUGCAUCAACCUCCUCAAGUGUCUCAACAUCGUCAAGUGCUUCAACCUCAAGUUCAGCGUCAACAUCAUCAUCGGUGUCUACGUCAUCGAGUGUUUCAACACCAACAACAACGAGUGUCUCUACAUCAAGUUCUGCAUCAACAUCAUCUAGCGCUUCUACAUCGUCGUCAGUGUCUACAUCAUCAAGUGUCUCGACAUCUUCAUCAAUCUCGACCUCAUCGAGCAUUUCCACAUCGUCGUCGGCAUCAACAUCAUCCAGCGCUUCAACGUCGUCCUCAGUUUCGACUUCAUCAAGUGUAUCAACAUCGUCAUCAGCGUCGACCUCAUCAAGUGUGUCAACUUCGUCGUCAAUUUCGACCUCAUCGAGCAUUUCAACAUCAUCGUCGGCAUCAACUUCAUCAAGCGCUUCUACAUCGACGUCAGUGUCGACAUCAUCAAGUGUCUCGACAUCUUCGUCAAUUUCGACCUCAUCGAGCAUUUCCACAUCGUCGUCGGCAUCAACAUCAUCGAGCGUUUCAACCUCAUCGUCAGUGUCAACAUCAUCAAGUGCUUCAACUUCAUCAUCAGUUUCCACGUCCUCUAGCGCUUCAACAUCGUCCUCAGUUUCGACUUCAUCGAGCAUUUCGACAUCAUCGUCAGUGUCUACAUCAUCUUCUAUUUCGACACCAACUACAACGAGUGUGUCUACUUCAAGUUCGUCGAGUGUGUCAACUUCAUCAAGUGUGUCAACAUCAAGUUCAGCUUCCACCUCGUCAAGUGUCUCAACUUCGUCAAGUGCUUCAACUUCAAGUUCGGUGUCAACAUCUUCCUCGGCGUCGACGUCGUCGAGUGUUUCAACACCAACGACGACCAGUUCUGCGUCCACAUCAUCAUCAAUCUCUACAUCUUCAUCUGUGUCCACAUCGUCAAGUGCCUCAACAUCUUCGUCGGUGUCAACAUCAUCCUCAGCAUCGACGUCAUCAAGUGCCUCGACGUCUUCGUCAGCAUCAACAUCAUCAAGUGCUUCAACUUCUUCAUCAGCGUCGACAUCUUCAAGUGCUUCAACAUCUUCAUCAGUGUCGACAUCGUCUAGUGCUUCAACAUCAUCAUCAGUGUCGACUUCGUCAAGUGUCUCAACAUCAUCGUCAAUUUCGACUUCAUCAAGCAUUUCGACAUCGUCGUCUGCAUCAACUUCAUCAAGCGCUUCAACUUCAUCAUCAGUGUCGACAUCAUCUUCGGUCUCAACACCAACUACAACGAGUGUGUCUACUUCAAGUUCAUCAAGUGUGUCAACUUCCUCAAGUGUGUCCACAUCAAGUUCAGCAUCAACCUCUUCAAGUGUCUCAACAUCGUCAAGCGCUUCCACUUCAAGUUCAGCGUCAACAUCAUCAUCGUCAUCCAGUGUUUCAACUCCAACAACAACAAGUGUCUCUACAUCAAGUUCUGUAACAACAUCAUCAAGUGCUUCAACGUCGUCGUCAGUAUCGACAUCAUCAAGUGUAUCAACAUCGUCGUCAGUAUCGACAUCAUCAAGUGCUUCAACAUCAUCGUCGGCAUCAACUUCAUCUAGCGCUUCAACAUCAUCAUCAGUGUCGACAUCAUCUUCUGUCUCGACACCAACUACAACGAGUGUGUCUACUUCAAGUUCAUCAAGUGUGUCAACUUCCUCAAGUGUGUCCACAUCAAGUUCUGCAUCAACCUCGUCAAGCGUCUCAACAUCUUCAAGUGCUUCAACCUCAAGUUCAGCGUCAACAUCAUCGUCGGCGUCCACGUCAUCGAGUGUUUCAACACCAACAACAACGAGUGUCUCUACAUCAAGUUCUGCAUCGACAUCAUCAUCUAGUGCUUCUACAUCGUCGUCAGUGUCGACAUCAUCAAGUGUCUCGACAUCUUCGUCAAUUUCGACCUCAUCGAGCAUUUCCACGUCGUCUUCGGCAUCAACAUCAUCGAGCGCUUCAACCUCAUCGUCAGUGUCAACAUCAUCAAGUGUAUCAACAUCGUCAUCAGCGUCGACAUCAUCAAGUGCUUCUACAUCAUCGUCAGUGUCGACUUCAUCAAGUGUGUCAACCUCAUCGUCAAUCUCGACUUCAUCGAGUAUUUCGACAUCAUCAUCGGCAUCAACUUCAUCAAGCGCCUCAACAUCAUCGUCAGUGUCGACAUCAUCUUCUGUUUCGACACCAACUACGACGAGUGUGUCUACUUCAAGUUCGUCAAGUGUGUCAACUUCAUCAAGUGUGUCGACAUCAAGUUCAGCUUCCACCUCGUCAAGUGUCUCAACUUCGUCAAGCGCUUCAACCUCAAGUUCGGUGUCAACAUCUUCCUCGGCGUCGACGUCGUCGAGUGUUUCAACACCAACGACGACCAGUGUUUCUACAACAAGUUCUGCAUCCACAUCAUCAUCAAUCUCAACAUCAUCAGCGUCUACAUCAUCAAGUGCUUCAACGUCGUCAUCAGCUUCGACAUCAUCCAGUGUCUCAACAUCGUCCUCAGUGUCGACAUCAUCGAGUGUUUCAACAUCAUCGUCAAUUUCGACCUCAUCCAGUAUUUCAACAUCGUCUUCGGCAUCAACAUCAUCAAGCGCCUCGACAUCAUCGUCAGUCUCAACGUCACCUGUUUCGUCACCAACUAAACCACGUGUAUCCACCUCAAAGGCUGUGUCGACCUCAUUUAAACCUCAGACAGAAACAAAGGUAUCGACGAGGUUUCCCUCACCGUACACUCCUUCGAAAUCCUCCGAAAUAGUUUUUCCAGUAACAUCUAGUGUGUUUGCUUCAAGUUCGUCGAGCGUAUCAACUUCCUCAAGUGUGUCGACAUCGAGUUCUGCAUCAACUUCGUCAAGUGUCUCAACAUCGUCAAGUGUAUCUACUUCAAGUUCCGCGUCCACAUCAUCGUCGAUUUCGUCAUCAUCUAGUGCAUCUACUUCUUCAAGUGUCUCUACAUCAAGUUCUGCAUCAACAUCAUCAAGCGCUUCAACAUCGUCGUCAGCAUCAACAUCAUCAAGUGCUUCGACAUCUUCGUCAAUAUCGACAUCAUCGAGUGCUUCAACAUCUUCCUCAUUGUCGACAUCAUCAAGUGCUUCGACAUCAUCGUCAGUAUCGACUUCAUCAAGCAUUUCAACGUCGUCGUCAAUUUCCACUUCAUCGAGCAUUUCGACAUCGUCAUCGGCUUCAACUUCAUCGAGCGCUUCAACUUCAUCAUCAGUGUCAACAUCAUCUUCUGUGUCGACACCAACUACAACGAGUGUCUCUACCUCAAGUUCAUCAAGUGUGUCAACUUCUUCAAGUGUGUCGACAUCAAGUUCUGCGUCCACUUCGUCAAGUAUCUCAACAUCGUCAAGUGCUUCAACUUCAAGUUCUGCGUCCACAUCAUCUUCGGCGUCUACAUCAUCGAGUGUUUCAACACCAACAACAACGAGUGCUUCUACAUCAAGUUCUGUGUCAACAUCAUCAAGCAUUUCAACGUCAUCGUCAGCAUCAACGUCAUCAAGUGCUUCUACAUCGUCGUCAGCGUCGACAUCAUCAAGUGCUUCUACAUCGUCAUCAGCGUCGACAUCAUCAAGUGCUUCCACAUCGUCAUCAGCGUCGACACCAUCUAGUGCUUCAACAUCAUCAUCAGUGUCGACUUCAUCAAGCGUGUCCACAUCGUCGUCAAUUUCGACAUCGUCAAGCAUUUCGACAUCGUCGUCUGCGUCAACUUCAUCAAGCGCUUCAACUUCAUCAUCAGUGUCGACAUCAUCUUCGGUCUCAACACCAACUACAACGAGUGUGUCUACUACAAGUUCGUCGAGUAUAUCAACUUCCUCAAGUGUGUCGACAUCGAGUUCUGCAUCAACUUCGUCAAGUGUCUCAACAUCGUCAAGCGCUUCAACUUCAAGUUCUGCGUCUACAUCAUCGUCGGCGUCGACUUCAUCGAGUGUUUCAACUCCAACAACAACAAGUGUAUCUACUUCGAGUUCCGCGUCCACAUCAUCGUCGAUUUCGUCAUCAUCUAGUGCAUCUACUUCUUCAAGUGUCUCUACAUCAAGUUCUGCAUCAACAUCAUCAAGCGCUUCAACAUCGUCGUCAGCAUCAACAUCAUCAAGUGCUUCGACAUCUUCGUCAAUAUCGACAUCAUCGAGCGCUUCAACAUCUUCCUCAUUGUCGACAUCAUCAAGUGCUUCGACAUCAUCGUCAGUAUCGACUUCAUCAAGCGUUUCAACGUCGUCGUCAAUUUCCACUUCAUCGAGCAUUUCGACAUCGUCAUCGGCUUCAACUUCAUCGAGCGCUUCAACUUCAUCAUCAGUGUCGACAUCAUCUUCUGUGUCGACACCAACUACAACGAGUGUCUCUACCUCAAGUUCAUCAAGUGUGUCAACUUCUUCAAGUGUGUCGACAUCAAGUUCUGCGUCCACUUCGUCAAGUAUCUCAACAUCGUCAAGUGCUUCAACUUCAAGUUCUGCGUCCACAUCAUCUUCGGCAUCUACAUCAUCGAGUGUUUCAACACCAACAACAACGAGUGCUUCUACAUCAAGUUCUGUGUCAACAUCAUCAAGCAUUUCAACGUCAUCGUCAGCAUCAACGUCAUCAAGUGCUUCUACAUCGUCGUCAGCGUCGACAUCAUCAAGUGUUUCUACAUCGUCAUCAGCGUCGACAUCAUCAAGUGUCUCUUCAUCGUCAUCAGCGUCGACAUCAUCUAGUGCUUCAACAUCAUCAUCAGUGUCGACUUCAUCAAGUGUGUCAACAUCGUCGUCAAUUUCGACAUCAUCAAGCAUUUCGACAUCGUCGUCUGCGUCAACUUCAUCAAGCGCUUCAACAUCAUCAGUUUCGACAUCAUCUUCGGUCUCAACACCAACUACAACGAGUGAGUCUACUUCAAGUUCGUCGAGCGUAUCAACUUCCUCAAGUGUGUCGACAUCGAGUUCUGCAUCAACUUCGUCAAGUGUCUCAACAUCGUCAAGCGCUUCAACCUCAAGUUACGCGACAACAUCAUCCUCGGCGUCGACUUCAUCGAGUGUUUCAACUCCAACAACAACAAGUGUAUCUACUUCGAGUUCCGCGUCCACAUCAUCGUCGAUUUCGUCAUCAUCUAGUGCAUCUACUUCUUCAAGUAUCUCUACAUCAAGUUCUGCAUCAACAUCAUCAAGCGCUUCAACAUCGUCGUCAGUAUCAACAUCAUCAAGUGCUUCGACAUCUUCGUCAAUAUCGACAUCAUCGAGCGCUUCAACAUCUUCCUCAUUGUCGACAUCAUCAAGUGCUUCGACAUCAUCGUCAGUAUCGACUUCAUCAAGCGUUUCAACGUCGUCGUCAAUUUCCACUUCAUCGAGCAUUUCGACAUCGUCAUCGGCUUCAACUUCAUCGAGCGCUUCAACUUCAUCAUCAGUGUCGACAUCAUCUUCUGUGUCGACACCAACUACAACGAGUGUUUCUACUUCAAGUUCAUCAAGUGUGUCAACUUCUUCAAGUGUGUCGACAUCAAGUUCUGCGUCAACUUCGUCAAGUGUCUCAACAUCGUCAAGUGCUUCAUCUUCAAGUUCUGCGUCAACAUCAUCUUCGGCGUCUACGUCAUCGAGUGUUUCAACACCAACAACAACGAGUGCUUCUACAUCAAGUUCUGUGUCAACAUCAUCAAGCGUUUCAACGUCAUCGUCAGCAUCGACAUCAUCAAGUGCUUCUACAUCGUCGUCAGCGUCGACAUCAUCAACUGUCUCAACAUCGUCGUCAGCGUCGACAUCAUCAAGUGCUUCCACAUCAUCAUCAGUGUCGACCUCCUCAAGUGUGUCAACAUCGUCGUCAAUUUCGACUUCAUCGAGCAUUUCGACAUCAUCAUCGGCAUCAACUUCAUCAAGCGCUUCAACAUCAUCGUCAGUGUCGACAUCCUCCUCUGUUUCGACACCAACUACGACGAGUGUGUCCACGUCAAGUUCAUCAAGUGUGUCAACUUCCUCAAGUGUAUCGACUUCAAGUUCUGCAUCAACCUCAUCAAGUGUGUCAACCUCUUCAAGCGCUUCAACUUCAAGUUCUGCGUCAACAUCAUCAUCGACGUCAUCGAGUGUUUCGACACCAACAACGACAAGUGUCUCUACAUCAAGUUCUGCUUCGACGUCUUCGAGUGUUUCAACUUCGUCGUCGGUGUCAACUUCCAGCUCUGCUUCGACAUCGAGCUCAGUGUCGACGUCCAGCUCUGCUUCGACAUCCAGCUCAGCUUCGACAUCCAGCUCUGCCUCGACAUCAAGUUCAGCAUCCACAUCUAGCUCUGUCUCGACAUCGAGCUCAGUGUCGACGUCCAGCUCUGCUUCGACAUCCAGCUCAGCUUCUACAUCCAGCUCUGCCUCGACAUCAAGUUCAGCAUCCACAUCUAGCUCUGUCUCGACAUCAAGUUCUUUGUCGACUUCAUCAUCAAUCUCAAGCUCAUCGAGCCUGUCGACCUCGUCAAGUAAAACGCCGACCUCAACUUCUCUUAGUACGUCAUCAAGCUCGAGUCUUAGCUCCUCAAUUUCUUCUUCAAUCUCACCGACUACAUCCUCGUCAGUUUCGACAUCUGUCUCAAGUAGUUCGAUCUGUCCGAUUUGUGUAUACACAAAUAGAUUCAAUGAAACUGAAAAGCAUCACGAGGGAGAAACCUGGACGGAUGGGCCUUGCAAGACUGUCAAAUGUAAAAUGGUUUUUAAUGAUUGCUUUGAAAACAACCAAGUCGCUCAAAUAGAAGUCUACAUAAAGGAAUGUUCUGAGUGUCCUAAGGGAUACGAACGACCACCAUCAAAGGAUCAAUGCUGUCCACAAUGCGUAAAAACGGAAGACGAUGAGAACAUCUGCAAACUCGGCCAUAGGGCGCCAAGUAUCCUUAAAUUCCCUGACGGCUGUGAAUCAGAAUCCGAGGUUAGUCUCACUGAAUGCAGAGGUAAUUGUGAGUCGAGCACUAUCGCAAAAACUCUGCCAGAAGGCUACGGAAGUAAAAACUGCAAGUGUUGCAAGCCGUCUAAUAAUACCAUUGUGACAAUCAAUUUGAUCUGCAAAAAUGGAAAUGAAACAACGAGAAAAACGGCCGACUUGGAUAUCAUCACGGAAUGUGGAUGCGGGAGACAGGCAUGCGAAUCAACACCUUCACACGCAAAUGAAGAAUUUGUGAACCAAAAUGGUGAGAUCAUGGAAAUGAAGAAGAAGCGCCGUCGCCGCGCCUUGUCGCGUCUCUUUGCCCUUCCUCCGUAACGAAAAGUAACAAGGGACAUAUAUUCACUGAUAGUGUAGAAAAGAGAUAAAUUUUGGGCUGAAAAGGAGAAAAAAGGAUAACAGAAAUGUCAAUGGAGUUGAAGGGAACGAUGGGAUAUUUAUGUGUACGAGUAAUUCUCUAAAGGGACUGGCUUUCUUGAAAUAAACUUCACUGAAAGGGA